CUGCUGGGCAGGUUUGAGAUGCCGAGUUUGUUCAAGCAGGGAGAUGUAAUGAUCGGAGGCAUUUUUCCUAUUUUCACCAAACAACUGAGCAGCACUACUUCAUUUGAAAGAGAUCCACCAGGAGUGAGAUGUGCACUAUUUGACCUGCGUGCUUUCCGCUGGACCCAGGUGAUGAUAUUUGCAAUUGAGGAAAUCAACAAUCACCCUACUCUGCUGCCCAACAUAUCUCUCGGCUAUAGGAUUCUUGAUUCUUGUGGGUCUCCUCCAAAUGCCUUACGUGCUGCAUUAAUGUUGGUUAGUAGUCCAGAGGAGAUGGAAUCAUCUUCCCUCUGUCCGCCACCUAUUUCUGCUAUCAUAGGAGAGUCAGGAUCAUCACGGUCGGUAGUCUUGGCUGAAGCCUUUGGACCAUUCCAAGUGCCACUAGUCAGUUACUUCUCAACAUGUGCCUGCUUAAGUGACAAAACUAAAUACCCAACAUUUUUUCGGACAAUCCCUAGUGACUUCUACCAAGCUAAAGCUUUGGCAGCACUGGUCAAACGUUUUGGUUGGCAGUGGAUUGGGGCCAUACAGUCAGACAGUAACUAUGGGCGCAAUGGGAUCCUGGCCUUUACUAAAGAAGUUAAAAAGUUUGGGGUCUGUGUUGCAUUUGUUGGUACAGUUCUACGGACAUACAAGAUGGAUAAAAUCCUGCAUGUUGUGGAAAUGAUCAAACAAUCAACUGUCAAAGUCAUCCUGGCUUUUGCUGCAGACGGAGACCUCUACCCUUUGAUGAAAGAGGUAGUAAAACAGAACAUUACAAGAAUUCAGUGGAUUGCCAGUGAGGCCUGGAUAACAGCUGCACGACCCUCCACUCCUGAAAUAUACCGCUCUUUUGGUGGAGCAGUAGGGUUUGUGGCACGGAAAAUGGCCAUUCCAAAGCUAAGGCCAUUCCUUGCAGGCAUCAGCCCUUAUACAAACACAGGUGCAGCCUUUGUGAGGGAUUUCUGGGAGGUGAUGGUGGGCUGCAGACCCCCAUUACCUGGGGAGCUCCCAGGGACUCAGGCCAAGAGUGAAAUGUGCACCGGAGCGGAGUCACUAAUGAAUUCACAGGAUGCAUUUUUCAAUGUCACAGAGCUUAGAGUGUCUUAUAAUGUGUAUAAAGCAGUUUAUGCUGUUGCACAUGCCCUUCACCAUUUGCUUUUUUGCCAACCAUUUGAGGAAAAACCAGUGAGACCGUGUUUGAACAUAUCAGAAAUUCAGCCAAAAGAGGUAACAGGUCACCUGCAAAGGGUACACUUUACAAAUCAGUUUGGGGAGACUGUGUUCUUUGACCAGAAUGGGGACCCUCCUGCUUCUUAUGACAUUAUAAACUGGCAGCUGAGAGACGGACAGGUGCAGCAUGUGACAGUGGGGCAUUUUGCCUCAGCUGCUAAUAGGAAAUAUGAGCUCAGCAUCCAGGAGGAAAAGAUUGUGUGGAGGACUGGGAAAAUGGUUCCACAAUCAGUGUGCUCUGCUGUUUGUCCAGUGGGAACCAGGAGAGCUCAAAUUCAGGGAAAACCCAUCUGCUGUUUUGAUUGCAUCCCUUGUGCUGAUGGAACUAUAGCCAACUCAACAGGUGCAGCAGAAUGUACACCUUGUCCACAGGAGUACUGGUCAAAUGAGAGGAGAGACAAGUGCAUUCUGAAAACAGUUGAAUUCCUGUCAUAUCAUGAGCCGAUGGGAAUAGCACUCACAGCUGUAUCACUACUUGGGGCUUUUCUGUCACUGGCCACAAUGUUGGUCUUUAUCCGUUACCGAGAAACCCCAGUAAUUAAGGCGAGCAACUCUGAGCUAAGUUGUUUCUUGCUGUUUUCUCUCUUCAUGUGUUUCCUCUGUCCCCUCACCUUCAUUGGGAGACCUACAGUCUGGACCUGUAUGCUCCGACACACAGCUUUUGGUGUGACUUUUGCACUUUGUAUUUCCUGUGUCUUGGGAAAAACUAUAGUUGUAGUGAUAGCUUUCAGAGCCACUGUUCCUGGUAACAAAAUGGCUGCAAAGUUUGGUCCUGUCCAGCAGAGGAUCAUAGUUUGCUCAUGCAUUUUGUUUCAGAUAAUUAUAUGCAUACUGUGGCUGAAGUUAAACCCACCUUUUCCAGACAUGGUUUUCAGAUACAGUAAAAAGAAGAUAGUUUUAGAGUGUAACACUGGCUCUGAGGCUGCCUUCUAUGCAGUCCUUGGAUACAUAGGGAUCCUUGCAGCAAUAUGUUUGGUUCUGGCAUUUCUAGCCCACAAGUUGCCUGAUAACUUCAAUGAAGCCAAAUUCAUCACCUUCAGCAUGCUGAUAUUCUGUGCUGUGUGGAUCACCUUUAUCCCAGCUUAUGUGAGCUCUCCAGGCAAAUUCACUGUAGCUGUGGAGAUAUUUGCAAUUUUGUCCUCUGCAUUUGGCUUACUUAUUAGCAUUUUUGCACCUAAAUGUUACAUAAUAUUGAUAAAGCCAGAGAGAAAUAACAAGAGGCAUGUCAUGGGAAAAGAACAAAGCAAAAGACUAUGA